GCGUUGGGGGAUUCCGAGCGGAGCUGGUUGAGCGCUCAAAGUCCCUCUUGCCUCGCGCGCUGGCUUUGGUCGGGGGGGCGGGAGGGGGGGUCCCUGGCUUGCUCCAUUGGUGUCAAUACAAAAGAGGGAGCCGAGCGCAGCGCAGCGAAACGGAGCGAGCCUCCUGCUGAAUCAGGGACAUGGACAUGAAGAAAAGGAUCCACUUAGAGCUGCGGAACAGGACGCCCUCCGACGUAAGCCUGUGCAAGGAGAUUUUUAUUUUAUUUUUGUAAUGUGGGGCGGGGGGCUUUGUGAGAAGGUGUUGGUACGGGGGGCAGCUUGCAAAAAGAGAGCCAAUACAUCAGGAGUAAGGGGGCGCGCUCGCCGUGGGGAGAGGUGGGCGCCGUCUGUGCCAGCUGCCGUCGUGGGUGCUUUUGCUGCCCUUGAGGUGCCCACGGUGUGUAUGUGUGCGCGCGCGUGGCUGUGUGUGUACCCACAUGGGGGGGGGGGUGCCCAAAAGCUCACGCGUUUGAGUGUGACCAAAGAUGGGGCGGGGGGGGGGGUAAGAAAAAUUACCACCCGGUUUCCAAGGCAAGUCUCCUUCGUGUUUGGUUGCCCGGGUGGCAGGGAAAAUAGCGCCCCGGGAAAGCGCGUCGCAAAAGCCUCGGCAUAAUAAUGGCUUGUCGAGUUGGCGCUGCGCUCCGGCGGGGACUGGAGGAGUUUGCUAGGAUCAGGUUCUGGAGCCGGGCAGGUUGGGGGGGGGGGUCUGCGAGCGACUUGGGGGGCGAUCACCAGUUUUCAUUGCCUCUUCGCAGCGGAUCAGGCGAGGGUGACUGGGGAGCCAUAUUUGCAACUUUGUAGUCCUCAUGAACGCGCCCUUUCUCUCUCCCUCUCAUCCUCCCCUCCCCAGAUGUUGCGAAGCUCAGGCAUAGUUUUUGGGAGGGUAGGGGGAGUUUGCAUUCAAUACAAGGGUUGGAGGAUGGGUGGGGGGCUUAAACCCUCCGAUAUAGCGAAGAGGGCAAGGAAGCUGGCGGCCGAAGCAGCCCCGAUGGAGCCACCAUCCUCACGCAAACACAAGAUACACAAAAAGGCGGGCGAAAGGAAGCGGGGGUUGCUGACUGGUUGAGUUACCCCCCUUUUCCUCGGGGCUGGACUUGGGAUGUUGUUCUGCUUCUGCCUCUAAAUAAAGCUGAAACUUUGUCCGAGCGAGGAAGAGGUUGAGCUGCAUUUUGUAAAGUCUCCCAGCCUCGCCCGGGCGAUUUCCAGGGCUCCGUUUUCCCCCCUGGUGCCCAUUUGCAACAGAAGAAAACACUUCAGCCUGUGUAAGGUUGGGGCGGCGGGGGGGGGGGGGAGAACUUGAGGCGCUGCAUCCUUCCCGCCCCGCCGCCCAAGGAGAAAUUAAGGUUGCCCGUUUCGAAGGCUGGUCUUCGUGGGGAGAGAUUUGGGUGGCUUCUACUCUGCGUAAAGACGAUGUCUUCGGAACCGGAGUGCGAGCUCUCAUCUCUCCCUCCCAUUCUUUUGCAAGAACUCGCCUGUGUCUGGGGAAGCAAGUGCCCCCCCCUCCCCAACCCCACCCUCUUUAAAGAUGUUUUCCUCCGCUAACGCGGGGGUGGGGGCAUUUACGUAAGGUUUUAAAAUCAUAACGCAGUUGGGUUCCACCGUGCUGGUGGCGGUAGUGGGGGAAAUGGAUCGGUCACCUGCCUCCUUUCGCCCCCAUCUCCCUUACUACCCCUGCCUCGGAAGCAGCAGCAGCAGCUGCAGCUCUCUGCGAUUUCGGGCCCCUAGACAAGCGCAAGAACCUGACCUGCAGAUUUAUGUAACGUGCUCUUUAAACUUUAAAAGAAAGAAGUCUGGAAAGGGGGGGGGCGCUUUUUAUGGCACACACACCGGCGCAGUUCUGCUUUUCCCUCUCUCUCCGUCGCGGGUGUUGACUAAGGCUUGUGCGGGCAGACGCGUCUCUGGCCGCGGGCGUGUUUUGUGUGUGCGCUCGUGGGGACGCCGGAGCCGCCUUGCUUGUGGGUCGGGAGCUCCGUCGGACGAGCGCACUCCUCGCUCUCUCUCUCUCUCUCUCUGCCUCCGCCCCGCGGAAAGCCUCUGCCUAACUUGGGUCUCCUCGCUGGCGCUGGUCACACACACUCACUCCGAAGUAGGACACGGCGCCAUCUUUCCCCCCGUCGAACUGCAAAGGAGAGAAGAGGCUGGGUUGGGAAGCGGAGGAGCUCUCUGGAUCCACGCGAGGAGGAGGAGGAGAACGCAAUCUGCACGGACGCCUAGAAAACAAAACAAAAAAAUAUGGGGGGGGGGGACGACGUGCUCGUUCAUAGCUGGGCGGGGGAGUGUCUGUGGAUCGCGGCGCCCGCCCGCAGGAAUCUCUGCGCGCGGUGCAUAAUUCAUGGGCAGAAGGUUACCUUUUCCUUCCCGGGCGGCGGGAGCAGCAGAGCGAGCGCGAGAGAGAGAGAGAGAAGCAGGGAAGCGCCUCCACCCACCCCGCGCCCUCCUCCCUACCCCCCCCCCCCCAGUGCGCACGCUUGGGCUCCGAUCACGGGAACGGACGGGGUGGGGGGUGGGGAUGGACGGUGGCGCUUAGCCGCCUCGGAGCCAAAGGGGGCAGCCGCCUGCCUGCCUGCCUCCCUCCGCCGUGCGUGCGUGCGAGCGAGCCGAACAUGACUGCCAGCUUCCAGGGGCUGCCAUUUUGUCACUGGUGUCACUGACGCGGGAGGGGGAGAGGCGCGCCGUUUAGACGGGCAAAACGGCCAGGAAAAGGAGGUUUGCACAAGCAUUACGGAAGUUGCACCCAAGGUGAUUGCGGGGCGGGGUGUAGUUUGAAGGACGAGCUUGCUUUCGGGGGCCCAGCAAUUUCCCAUCUGCUUGCUGUUGGCGGGAAGGGGGGGCGGCUUUUUGGAAUCAGCCAGUCAUUUUAAAGUGCUUCCCGACAGAGACAAUAUUUGGGUCGGGAGGAAGGGUGGGCUGCGGCGAAACGCAGCGAGGGCCUUCCAUCCUAUUUGGGGAGGGGGCCUGUCUGGGGCUCCUGCCCUAUAGAUUCUACAGUCGUUCCUGCCGCCCGUUGUCAGUGGAUUUUCUUUGAAAUGUGGAAGAUGUGGGAAGGCAGAGUCAAGGCCAUCUUUCCUAGUAAGACAGGAAGGUUCCUUUUCUCUUUGGCGGCAAAAAUACUGGCUCUGGGUUUUUACUUUAUUGUAUUUGAGUUACCAGCAACAACCAUGGAGCUCCUUUCCUUUCGAAAAAGCAAUUGAUUGCCAACAGUCCCACCUUAAGAGAAGGCAAUGCUGCAAAACUUUCAUUUAUACUGUAUCCUAGUUAUUGCUGAAGAGAAAUAAGUGGGGGAAUUCUUUAGACUUUAUGUCCCCUAGCAGAGCCUACUGCUUAAAGGAUUUCUUGUAGAAGGUUUGGCUACUGUCUUCCACAACAAUGAUAGCUUAAAACUAGAAUUUUAGCCAUGGGAUCACAAAAUUUUAUCAAGAGAAUUUCACAGUAUUCUGCAAUUUCUUAAAAUAAUAUCAGAUUACUUCUAGAUAGGUACAUUUUGUCAUGGAAAAGAUAAUCAUCUAUUUAAAAAUGUCUCAGUUAAAAUGAAAGCAAGUAUUGUUAAUCUAGCUGAUUCAUUGGAAUAUAGUGAAUUUAUUUAUAGUGUGCCAUUCCAAACAUGUAUAAAAGUGGCUUUAUACCUAACCACCUUUUGUUCAUUUACUAUUCAUUAGGUUUUUGCUAGACAUUUGAAUAUUUACUAUUCAUGAAGUUCUAGCCAAGCAUUUGGAUUUGUUUUAUUAAAGGCUCUUGCUUGGAAAUAGGUUACAAAUGUGUCCAAAGCAAGACAGAUUAACUUCCAAUAAAUUUUUUGUUGAGGGUGAUGUAUUUGGAAUAGUCUGUAUGGUUUAUUGGGUUGCUGGUGGUGGUUUUCUUUUUUUCUUUUUACAAGGAUUGAAAUUAUGCAAGCCGAGUCCAUUAAAAAUCAAACAAAUCCUCUGUUGGGGAUUCUGUUCUCUUGCCUUGAUUAUAUGAAUGGGAGCUUAGCUACAGCAGGAGAGCCCAGUGGAUUGUGUCCAGGGCAAAGUUGAUAGUUUUAACCUGGUGUAUCAUAUGCCAGUCUUUCCCAACCUGGUGCUCUCCAGAUGUUUUGGACUACAGCUCCCAUCAGCCCAACAUAAUACAGCUGUGCUGUGCUGGCUGGGACUGAUGGGGAUUGUAGCUUAACAUAUCUGGAGGGCACUAGGCUGGGGAAGGCUGCCAUAUGAUGUUUUUCAUGUUAACUCCUUAUGCCCUGGACCUGGUGAAUUUCAAUUCUAUAUGACCCAUUUAACUGAAAUGUUUAAUUUAGCAGAAUUUCCUUUUGUUUCCUCACUUGUCUCAAUAUUCCAUGGGUCUCUGUAAACUGGAGUUGACUUUAUUGGAAAAACUAUACGCUUGCUUACCUAUGCUGUAACGCAGAUCUGGUAAUCCUGUUGGUUCACAACAGACGUUACCAGUAGUUUACACAGGUAUAGUGGGCAAGACUAUUGCACUCCAUUUUUAAAGUUAUUUAUUUCAUGGCAAAAUCAAGGAGCAAGAAAUCUAACUCACCCUGGGCAGCAAGAUGAGCCCCACCUACCUGAGCCUGGAACUGGAGAGGAGUGCUGGGGUGGGGAUAAUCUUCAAGGUGCAUGGGGAGAGGCAGUCCCCCGCCCUCAUUCAUUUGGAACUGGUUAGAGGAUUUUCGGCCUGGUGUUUUACUUAUGAUGGGCUUGCAGCAGCAUGUCUGAAGCUCUGUAUAAUAACAGAAACAAGAUUCCCAGUCCUUUCCCUUACUGUUAGGUGUGGGUAGGGGGGAUUGAAAACUGGGUGGAGGGUUAAUGGAAUGGAGUAUUGUGGAGAAGGGCAUGACUGACUGACUGAGACACCGAACAGGAGGACGUUGCAACAAUUAGUUGCAGGUCUUCUGUAUCCCAGCUGGAAACUUUGAGAAGAAGGGGUGCCAAGAGAUCAGUUGUAGUUGAUCCCCUGAAGAAGCGUGAGCCUGGAAAUAUGGGAUGAUUGUAGCUUUGUAGAGUUGGAAGGGGUCCCAAGGGUCAUCUAGUCCAACCCCCUGCAAUGCAGGAGUCUUAGCGACAGCAUUCAUGACAGAUGGCCAUCCAACCUCUAUUAAAAAAAAAUUGCACUGCAUAUUUUAUUUGUUCAGACAUUUUAUCCUUGUUGUUUUUAAAAUAUCUGAUCUUGCAGCUGUGUGGCUUUUCGCUUUCCUUUCCACAUCCCAAAAUCUGGUAUGAUAAAUCCUGGGAGCCUGUUGCCUGGUUGGUGGAAAAGAGUUGGCUGGACUUCAGCCCCAGCUUGGCUGUAAUAGAGGAUGAGAAAAGGGUGGGGGGAAAUAUUGGUGCAACAAGGAGGAUCUAGUGCCACUUGUUAGGGAGGGCAGUUGAGUGGUUGAUGGCUCCUAAGUAUACAAUUAUGUAUACUAGGCACUUCUGUGCUUUAGCAGGGAGCUCAGUCCUUGCCCACAUGCUCUUGCUGUUCAGUUUCUCUCCAAUAACCUUCCUUUUGCUGAGACAGCAAGGAGGUGCUGGCUUUGCUUAAUGCAGUUCUUCAGCCAUCUGGCUCCCAGAGGCUCUGCCUGCCUGCCUGCCUUUGAUGGGAGGGGUUCCUUUGGUACUCCGUAGGGAGAGUAUUCCUGCAAGAUGUAGUUCUUUGCUGCCGCUGCUGCUGCUGCUGCUGCUUGUUUUUAUCUGAUGUGAUUUCCACAUUGCAAGCCAGGUAAGCAGUGCUGAAGGUAUCUGUUCCUGCAAAGGGAAUGCCACAGAGGCAAUUUCAGAACAUGUUUGUUCAUUGUAAUUGUUGAACAGAGGUUAGACUGUCUGAAAAGGCAAACGGUGGAGUCACUAUUUUUUUAGAAGUAUAAUAACCUGCUGGCUUUGUAUGGAGAAGAAGGAGGUACACCUCCAUCUCCUCUUUAUAAACUGCCUAAUGUGAACUAUAUUCUGGUGACAUCUUCAUAGUCACCCACCCACACCCCAUAUGUUUUUCUCUGGUCUACUACCUGACCAGACUGCAGGAGGCAGUGGAAGACAGGAGUGCCUGGCGUGCUCUGGCCCAUGGGGUCACGAAGAGUCGGACACGACUAAACGACCAAACAACAACUACCUGACAUCUGAGCAACAUGAGCCUGGCUGUUGGAUCAGGCCGAAGGUCCAUGUAAUCCAGCAUCCUAUUCUUACAGUGGUCAACUAGAUGCCUCUGGGAGGCCUUCAAACAGGUCCUGACCUUAGUUCUGCAUUGUUUUUCUUCCAACUUUUUUUUCAGUCACUGGCCUGGUGUUUUUCAUGUGAGGGACCCUUGGAAACUUUCUGUUCCCUGUACCUCAGUGUAAGGUAAAGGGACCCCUGACCAUUAGGUCCAGUCGUGACCGACUCUGGGGUUGCUGCGCUCAUCUCGCUUUAUUGGCCGAGGGAGCCGGCGUACAGCUUCCGGUUUAUGUGGCCAGCAUGACUAAGCCACUUCUGGCAAACCAGAGCAGAGCACGGAAACGCCAUUUACCUUCCUGCUGGAGCGGUACCUAUUUAUCUACUUGCACUUUGAUGUGCUUUCAAACUGCUAGGUUGGCAGGAGCAGGGACCGAGCAACGGGAGCUCACCCCGUCGCGGGGAUUCAAACCACCAACCUUCUGAUCAGCAAGUCCUAGGCUCUGUGGUUUAACCCACAGCGCCACCCGCGUCCCUUCUCAGUUAGUACCUCAGUGUACUAACCUCUUAUUCGAGGACUCCUAGGUUUCCACCCAUUGCUCUACUUAACGGUACUAUUUAUGGGUCACAAUGAUGUUUUCAAAAAAACCAACAUGCCCUUUUAUGUGCCCUGUCUGGUACUAAAUAGCACACCUGCACAAAUCCCUUGACAUCAAUGAGAGUUGUGCCAGAGCAACCAGCUGAACUAUCCCAUCUGUAAUUAAGUCAUAAUUUGGCAUAAGAAGAGCCCUGCUAGUUCAGGUUAUCUAGUCCAACACCCUGUUCUCACACUGUGCCUAAAUACCUAUGGGAAGCCCUCAAAACAGGAUGAGAGUUCAACAACAGCGCUCUCCUUUGUAAACCCCAGCAACUGGGAUUCAGAGACAUAGUGCCUCCUACUCGACAUAAAUUAAGAAAGCUACAGGCAUCCCAAAAUAACAGCUGUGGAUUUUCCAGUAACAGAGGAUCGCCUCUGGUUGUGAAGCCAGCUUUGAGGUUGCACCAAGACCGUUGGAGAUUUCUUUUGUCUCCCCACCUCUUCCUUCCCUAAUUUGGGCUGGGGCAAGCGGGAGGGUGCCUAAAAAGACUUUUAUGGGAAGUCCACAUCUGUGAAUUAUCCAUUGAAGGUAGCCCUCCUGUUUUGGACUAGAGGCUCACCACACCUUAAAUUCUCACACAGUUAUUACGGCAAAAGAUUUCAUGGACCUGAGCCCACAAAAACCUACGGCAUAAUAAACGUGUUCCUUUCUAAGGUCUCUGGCUGGUUUUGCUGCAAUAGACUAACCCUGCUACCCUUCUGGAAAUUACAAUAAAUGCCAUUUUGUUUGUUAAAUUGCUGCUGCACCCUUCUUCCAAGGCGCCUAGUUCCUCCCCGUCCCCUUUGUGAGAUGGGUUAGACACACACACAGUAGAAUGAGGGCCCCCACUGAGAGCUGCACAGAUGGAGGCAGGUUUGAACUUAGUUCUCAGUCAUAGUCCGAUGCUCUGCCAACUGAACUACCCUGGCAGUCAGUUGCUGGGGCUUCUGUAAGCUAGGAGGGCCAGUCAGAGGCAAGGCCAUUCCAGGAGGCUAGAAGAACAGGAAGCUCCCUGGUGUUUGAUUUAUUUAUGUAGAUACUUAAACUGGCCAAAUAUAUAUAUUGCGAAGAGUGCCAUUUUGAAUCCACAAUGAAUUUCUUUCUCAUGCAAGAUCAUAGCCAGGAUGUUGGGCCCUGGGCGAUGAAGGUUAGGCUGAAAAGCACUGCAGGACCACAGCUGGGCUCAGGCGUGCAAGGUCAGUGGGUGGAUUCAGAUGGCUUAUCAGCAAGCCAUUCAUGUUGGGAGGAGUGUGUAUUAGAGAGUGGUACCAUAUUUCGUCCCCCCCCCAUGCUAUAAAAGGAGGAUCUUUUGCUAUGUGAAGCACUUAAUUGAUGCAGAACACUUAACAGCAAGGAUCUUCCUGGGACAAGUAGCAGCAACCUUCAAAAGCAAACUUCACGGAGGAAGCUGAGGGGCCUAUUGCAAGGAAGAUCCAGAGAAACCAGUUUGGAAAGCAGUUUUGGGUUCAGUGAAGAGCAAGGCUGUGGGGUGCCAGGAUUCAUCAGCAGUGCAGGGGUGUGGUGAUCUGUGCUUUAAGCGGAGGCAGAGAAGCUGACUAGAGAUCUCUGCUCUUCUCACUGUGCACUUUUGUAAUAAGUUGCAAAGGCCUGUUUCAGCUGCCCUCAAUGCAACUAGCACAAAACCACCUGAGGACAGUUUCAAGGAACAGAAUGUAUCAUUUGGAGAAGGACCCGUGAUAAGGGGACAUGAUAAUAAAAAAAAACUUUUAAAGCAGCCAUCUAAUUUCACUGGGGCUUUUAAACCAUCCAAAUGGGUGGGAAACCUCAGGCUGUCUGUGUUCCUUGGCACUCUAUGAAAAAGCCACACACCCACUUCCAGGCAACUCCUGCUCCAUCUCCCCCUUGAGCACUUUUACCUGGCUGGAAAGAGGCUGACAUCUGAUCGUGCCUCUUGCUUGCUUGCUUGGAUGGAGGGCAGGGAGGGGGUGUGAGUGUGUUGAAACUAGCCUACUGUUCAAAGGUAGAAUUUAUACUUGUUGCUGUGCCCACUUUUGCCUCUGGCCCAACCCAACACUGGCACAUGGCACCCAGAAAGUUGCCCAGAAGUGAGUAUCUUGGGCAAAUUUAUUAAACAAUUAAUAUAAAAUAUCUUAAGUGGUGAAGAAAAUUAACUUAUAUUUGAUGGCGGAUUUCUUGUGCGUCAAAUGAUAUUUGCACAUGGUUGGAUAUGGGCCCUCCUGAAAAACCCUGGUACAUGUGCUUAACUGUCCUUUCCAAGCAAUUAUUGUGGAAGUGAAAGUAUGGCUGUAAGUUGCCUUGAGUCCCUGUCAGGGGAAAAAGGUGGGGGGGAAUAAUAUUAAUAAUAAUAAUAAUAAUAAUGGGAAAACGGGAUCUUUUAUAGUUAUGUCAGAUACAUUUUAAUAUAAGUAGUAAGGCAUAAUAGAGGAUCAAGAUAUAGUUGCAGACAUAGCUCGUGUCUGCUUUUCUCUCUUUGAAUAUUAAUGUCAGAUCACACCUGGAGUAUAGUGUCCAUUUCUGGGUGCCACAAUAUAAGAAGGAUAUUGACAAGAUGGAGCGUGUGCAAAGGAGGGCAACCAAGAUGAUUAAGCGUCUGGAAACCAAGCCUUAUGAGGAAUGGUGGAGGGAGUUUAGCCUGGUAAAGAGGAGACGGAGAGGAGAUAUGAGAGCCAUCUUCAAAUAGGGCUGUCAAAUGGAAGAUGGCACAAACUUGUUAGCUCUGGACGGUAGAACCCGAACCAAUGACUUCAAGUUACAAGAAAAAAAUUCCAACUAAACAUCAGGAAGAACUUUCUGACAGUAACAGCCAGCGCUUUUCCCCCCUAGGGGGACGCAGGGGUACAUAUACCCCUAAGCAUUUUGUGAAUCUAGGUUUGGCCUCAUUGAGGGGCAGUAUUUCAUUAUGAGUAGGAAAAUGAGAGUACGCCUAAAUAAUUUUUUUUAGAAAAAAAGCACUGGUAAGAGCUGUUCGAUGGUGGAACAGACUCCCACGAGACGUGGUGGACUCUCUUCCUUGGAGGUUUUUAAGCAGAGGUUGGAUGGCUGCAUGCCAUGGCUGCUUUAGUGGAUAUUCCUGUAUUGAAAGUGUUAGACUUGAUGACCCUUUGCACUCCUUACAACUCUACAAUUCUAUGAUUCUAAUACAGUGGUACCUCGGGUUACAUACGCUUCAGGUUACAUACACUUCAGGUUACAGACUCCGCUAACCCAGAAAUAGUACCUCGAGUUAAGAACUUUGCUUCAGGAUGAGAACAGAAAUUGUGCUCCGGUGGCACAGCAGCAGCAGGAGGCCCCAUUAGCUAAAGUGGUGCUUCAGGUUAAGAACAGUUUCAGGUUAAGAACAGUCCUCCGGAACGAAUUAAGUACUUAACCUGAGGUACCACUGUAGGUACUGUGUCAGUCUAGGACGGGUGGGGGAACUAACUGUCACCCUCCAGAUGUUGUUGGACUCCCAACUCCCAUCAGCCUCAACCAGCAUGGCCGAUGGUCUGGGGUCCAACAACAUCUGGAGGGGCACAGCUGGUUCCCCUUCCCCAGCUUAGGUGGAGGAAGGAGUGGGGCUGUGGCAGGUGCAUUUUGCUUCAGGGUUCUCUCCCCUUCUUGUCUUUGCUAAAAGAUGCUGUAUUCUUCUGAGGCUCUUAAUUCCACACACACACCCUGCUAUCGACAUCAGUUGCUUAAGCCGCCUUCUUCUUUGUUAUCUUGAGCACAAACUGGCAGCAUAUGGUCAGAUAGACAACAGUCUUGAUCAGCUGUGUGCUGAUCUUGGGGGUAUUCUUACUUACUAAGGUCACACAGGGGCCUGGCUAGGCACUGUUAAAGUUACAAGAAUAAAAAAAAGCUCCAUAUCAAAUCUGCCAAACAAAACCAGCUGAAGAUGCAUGUCAGAAUGAUGAGGAUACAGGGCACACUCAGGCUUUGGAGUGAUGCUAACACUGCCUGUUGCUUCUUUCCUGGUGGUAAGAUGUUCCUCACUCCCACCACCUGCAAUUGAUUCAUACUAUAUUUGAUCAAGGACCUUAAGAACAGUUACUCCUGAAAAAAAUUAAAGGUGCAAUUUUGUAGAAACGUACAGCUGUUAACAAAGAAACAGUUUUUGCUUAGAUGCGACAUUAAAAUGCAUAACGUUUAUUUGUAAGCAUGCCCUAUUGAUUUUGGUGUGUUUAGGGUCAUCGUUUUACUCUGGUGUAAUUAGAGGGCCUGGAACAAUUCAGCUGUGUUUGAUUCACAGAGCUUAGAGCAGCAUAUUUGCAGAUGAACUCCAUUUUAUCCUUACAACAACUCAGUGAGGUAGGCUGGGCCAAGUGAGUGACUGGUUCAAGGACACCUGUUUCACAGCUGAGCGAGGAUUUGAGCCCACUUCCAACAGGCUGCCGACUGCACUUACUGGCUCUCUCAAUCUCUCUAUUCAUUUUUAUACCAUAAAUAGCAAGUUGUCUCCUUCUGUAAGGUAGCUAGUAUCCUGAAAUCUAUAGAGUGAGUGGAAAAGAAGAGUCCAUGGGCCAAGUCAUUUGUUGAUCUACAGUGUAAACUAGCUCAAUAGAUGGAGAGAGAUUUCCUAGUAGCUUUUUAUGGUAAACAGACCAAUAAUUCUUGAAGUGCUGUUGCAAUUUGCCUCAAAACAGCUUGUAUGUUCGCUUAAGGUGGUGGUUGCAACUAAAUAUAAUUUAACUUACAGUAAUAUUUUUUUGUUAAUUUUUAUCUGCAGGUUAAAGAACUUGUUCUCGACAACUGUAGAUCAAAUGAAGGCAAAAUUGAAGGUCUGACAGAUGAAUUUGAAGAGCUCGAAUUCUUAAGUACAAUCAACGUAGGCCUCACCUCAGUUGCAAACUUACCAAAGUUAAACAAGCUUAAGAAGGUAGGUAGAUGUCUUUAUUUAAAAAGAAAAGAAAGGCAUUAUUAUUAAAGCAUGGAAUGAGUUUGCCAAAGAGGAACUUUUACAUCAGAUGUUUAGAUUUCCCUGUGGCAAAAGAGCAAAGCAAAAUUGUGGCGUUUUAUUUUAAGUUAUUAAUAAUAAGACACAUAUUUCUACAUAAUGAGAGUUCCUAAUGCAUAAAAUUCAUCUCUGACAUUGUUGACUCUCUUCUCCUUAAUCUUUUCAGCAUAAACCCCCUUGACCCAACUGCUUCUCAUCUCUUCCUCCUUUGCCUCUUCAAUCCAUCUUUGCCUCUCUGCUGCCCUGCCCUGGACACUCCUUUGCUCUUGCCUUCACCAAGAGCUCCUCUGUGUCUGCUGUAAAAUUCCCUCUGUCAACUCAUCCCCUGCUCCCUUUCAGCACAGCACCUUGUCCACCAUGCUCUGCCUUGCGCUCCUUCCAUGACCUCCAAUCUAUUGAUCCAGUGGCCUUCCCGGCAGUAUCCCCUCUUCUCCAUGUCUGCCAGACUCCUGUGUUUCCUGCAGUUUGCACCUUCGCUUCAUCUGUCUCAUCUGCUCUUGACUUCCUUAACCCUUUCCCAGCAUUUUUCUUUGCCCCUUUCAGCCCUCCUAGCUCAUUCCCCCCAUUUGAUACCUCUCUCCAUGGCCUUGUGAAGCUGAGUUACCUGUGAAGAACUAAAGAGGGGACCAACUUUGUCCAUUAGAAGUUCCCAUAUUCUCCUCUGCAUCUUUAUCUGCUGUCUACCUGCCCAAGCAGCACCAUUUUGCCUCUCUGAUUCACACCAGCUGCAGGAAUUUUCACUCCCCGUCGUCUUCUUUUUGAUGCACGUCCCACCCCACCCCCUUCUUGCUCCCUGCCCAAGACUUUUCCUCCUUAUUCAGUGCUGAAAUGGAAACCAGCAGCUCUGAUUACUUGCCGCCUCUCCUCUUUCGGCUUCCCUUCAUCCUGCACCUCCCUCUUUGCUUUCCGUUAUUGCUUGAUGAGUUGACUGCCCUGUAACCCCUCUCAGCACAUGCUUCCGUGAUCUCCUCCCUUUUUGGAGUUGUCCUCUCCAGCACCAUUAUGCCUCCUCCACAUACACAGCUUUUCCCUUUCCCCCCAUGAUGCUCAAACAUCCUGCAGUUUCCCUUGGCCUGUCCUUACUCUCCCAAGUGCCACCCCCUCUCCCUUACACCUCUUACCCUCAAACUCCUGGUGCACAUGCUGCUUACUCCUAUUGCCUCACCUCUGCUCUUGACAUCUGGUCUGGGUUCUACCCCCUGAACGCCACUGACUCUACAGUCUCAAAAAUCAUUGCAAGAUCUAAAGGUGCUACAUUCCUCUUUGACUUUCUGCUGCCUUUGAUACAGUUGAUUCCCCCCAUCCACUGCUCCUGGCUUGCCUCCUUAUGCCCUGGAUCUCCAUGAUGCUGUCCUCUGCUGGAUCUUUUCCUACAUGUCUUAAUAGUUCCUAUUAAGUGGGAGCUCUUUCUCUGCUUCCCUUCUCUCUGUUUGUGUCCUUCAGGUCCUCUACUAUAUUUUCUCUCUCCACAACAACGGUUGGGUUUCUUUUGUAGCCUGAUAGUCAGAGUCCUCUCUGGGAAACUUUCCAAGGGCCACAUGUCAGUGGUGGGUGGGGCCAGAGGCAAAAGCGGGUGGAGCAACAAAAGCUGUAUUGUAUAGUAGGCUUGUUUCUACACACACUCAUACACACCCUCCGCAAGGGCACAUUCCAGCCAGGCAAAAACCUUAAGGGUGUGAAGCAGGGCCUUUGAGAGGCGUGGUCUGAGGAGAGUUCAAAGGGCCAGACAGAGAGGCACCCCCCACCUCUGCUCUCCACGCUGUCCCCAGGCAAUUCAGGUCAGUGCAAGCCAUUCCACAGAGCCAUUUAAAGCCCCAAACUUUAAAAUGUGAUUGAAUCCUGAAAACUGCAAAAUGUGUGGACCAUUUUUAUAUAUUUUUGCCCUCAGCUCGAGUUAAGCGACAAUAGAAUCUCAGGAGGACUGGAAGUAUUGGCAGGAAAAUGUCCGAACCUCACACACCUAAACCUAAGUGGCAACAAAAUAAAGGAUCUCAGUACAAUAGAACCUCUGGUAAGUCGGGGCAAAGCUGUCAGAGAGCCACCCGAGGCCAGCUUUUGAUGCCAUGGCCCACACUAAUGCCUAUGAUUCGUGGUGGGGCUUUCCUUGCCUGCUGCAUUUGGGGCCCUGGCGCAGAUGUGGUCACCAGAAUAUUGGAUUGGACUGAGGCACCUCAGGCUCAAAAUCACCACUACUCAGCCAUGAAGUUGACUUUGGGCCCAUCACUGUCCUUGGCUUAACCCACUUCACCAAAUUGUUGUGGGGGUCAAAGUGGGGAGGGGGACAGUGUUUGCCUUGACGGAAAGGUGGGACUAUAAAUAACAGCAACAAAACAAUUGGCCCUCUUGGGUGCCUCCUGCCCGUUUCUCCUCUCCUGCUUGGCCUUGUGGGUGCCCAAACCUUACACCCCAUGACCUCUUUGCCACCCAGUUUUGUUCCAGCGGCCCUCUAGCCCACCCCCAUCAGAGUUUGUCUCUCAGGAAGGCCUAACAAUGAGUGGUUGCUUCCUCAUCCAUCCAGUGGUGUUCCUGGUCUACUUUAUGCCAUUGCCGCUUCCAGGAUCCUCCUGUCAUAUUUGCCUUUCUUGUUUCCUGGUGGCUCUUCAGCAGUAGAGUGUGUGUGCCUGCUAGUGACACAAGGAAGGGGAUGGAAUAGUCAGUGUGUGGUGCAUUGCAAGAGAUUUAACACCAUACAUUCUGUCAAUCAUCCUUGCCAGGGCCCUGUAACUUGGGUGCGGGGGGGGGGGGGGGGUUGCCUGUGGCUGCAUGAGCUGUUUAUGGCCCAAGACCAGAUUUGAGCAGUAGUUCACCCUCAUAAUCACCACACUAUCAGAAUUUCUUCUCCACCUGCUGCUGCUGCACUUUGUUUGCUACAUUUAUAUGGUGCUUUUCUCCCAAGGGGGGCUUACAACUAAAAAAAGACACAAAAUGAAGCUUGUGAAAAGCAAAACAAGAAAACAGUAGAGUUGUGUCAGGUCCUUGAUGCAGUAGAUGUCAGGCCCUUGAUUCCAGAGCUGAUGGCCUGAAGUUCUCCUUCCUCCCAUCAUUUUAUUAGCCAAUAAAAUGUUUGCUACCCUCUGAACCCAACAGCUGAGGGAGCCUUCUUAAAAUUCCAGAAGUGGUGCAAAUCUUCUGGCUGCGGCUACUGCUGCCUCCUUUUUGCUCCCUUUUGCUCUUGAUUGACAUGCAGAGUCGUUUCCACAGCUCCCUCUGGUGGUCACUUGAAGGGUUGAUGUUGCACAUUGCCCGGAAGCAAGGUCUCUUCCUUUGAGUGAGGCUUUGAAUUCUCAGGGCAGCCACAGGUGACACAGCAAGUUUAUUUCUCUUUCCAUGUGUCUGAGAGAUUUGGGACCCUUCCUUCUCAAGCCUCCCAGGGCCCAACCAAGCCCAUCCUGGUCUCUGCAGUGGCUUAAAUCUCCUAGGUGUCUCCUGAUGUGUCAGCUAGAAGACCUUCCUUCCUGUUCUGGGAGCAUAUUUGCUUUUUAAUAUAUACUUGGUGAGCUUUGGUCUUUGGUAAGGUUUGAUUCUGAUAGGUGAAACCCUUUAUUUGCCUUUCAGGAAAAGUUAGAAAACCUGAAGAGUUUAGAUCUUUUCAAUUGCGAGGUAACUAACUUGAACGACUACAGAGACAACGUCUUCAAACUCCUCCCACAACUCACGUAUCUCGACGGAUACGACCGGGAUGAUAAAGAGGCCCCCGAUUCAGAUGCUGAGGGCAAUGCGGAAGGCUUUGAUGACGAUGAGGAGGAGGAAGAUGGUAGGUCACUUUGUUCCUUACCUCGGUCUCGUUAGUGGAGUUUCCCAAGAGUAGAAACAAAUGUCCUUGUGCUGUUUCUAUAUUAAGAACCUUCAGCAAAAUUUGCUGCAGCUCAGUACUUUAACAGCACUCUAGUUUUAUCCUGAAAAAGGUUGGUGAAAUAUAAGAACAGACUUUCUGGAUUGGACAGAAACUAUCCAUCUAGUUGACUAGUCUGUGUCCAACAGCAGCAGGCAGGCAGAUGCUCCCCAGAAAGUCAGGGCAAUGAGCCUUUUUUGCUGGUUGUUGCUCACACCUGCUGUUCCACUUAAGCUGUCAUGGAGAAUGGCCGCUGAUACAGACCUUUCCCUCCUCACCCUCCAGAUUUCCCUCAGUCCUCUUAGCCUUGUGAGCUGCACAUCUCUUUUUCAGAUGCUCCCUUUGAAUUUCUGCGGCCUACUUUAGCUCUUUAUCAUUCAAGUACCACAAGAUCCUGAGGUUUGCCACAUCCCAUGACAGUGAGUGCUGUGGUGCAUCAGGUCACAAGAGCAGAAAGCCUGAUUCCGCAGCAUCACGGUCUUUUCCCAGCUCCCAUCAAUUACACCAACUCUUGGCACGAGAAGGACCUCCGGCUGCUGCUUGGUUUUACUUGGCUGUAGCUCCUGUGAAUUUUAUCGUGAGCCUGGCAGGCAGAAAUCAAGCAGGUGGCAUCUUUCCCCACCGCGACUAUCGCCAUGCCCAGGAAAUGCUUUUCCUACUCAGCUUGCGCAUGUCAGGCUGCAGGAAGACUUGGUGGCAAACUGCUCUUAAGCAGACCCGCACUGCUCCCCAGUAGCUCCUUGCAGCAAAUCGACCUUGUGAACUUCCUUUUUGCAGAAGAGGAAUAUGACGAAGAUGCUCAGGUAGUAGAAGAUGAGGAAGAUGAGGAUGAAGAAGAGGAAGGAGAAGAGGAGGAUGUAAGCGGGGAAGAUGAGGUAAGAAUGUCAUUUUGGAGGAGCGAGGAUAUAGCUGAGAGUCUCUCACUGCUGAACCAUUGUGGAUUCUUUCCCUCCCCUUUGAAAUCUCUACAGUAUUUCCCAAUAGCUUUGCCAGCUUGAAAAAGUUCUGUACAAGGACAAAGCAUGCAUUUUCUGCUUUCUUUCCCACAGGAGGAUGAAGAAGGGUUCAACGAUGGUGAAGUAGAUGAUGAAGAGGAGGAAGAAGAAGCUGGUAAGCGCAGAACUGAAACAGGAAAAAUAAUCACCUCCUUGUGAAUGGUCAAAGGGUUACAGCAACGCAAGCUUAGAGUCUGAAUAGCCCAUUCCUGCCAUUGUGCCCAAUAAGAGAUAGAAAAUGCCACAUGGAGGAAAAUCCAUGACUGCAGUGUGAUAAGAUUUUGAGAUAUUUCACAUGGAGGCUCUUUUCACAGAGAUUCCUUCCAGAUUCUUGACUUCGGAUCUUCUGUGCCGUUUCCCCCUCAAGCCCUGCAGAGAGGCUGCUGGCUUCCUCCUGGUGGUUGUGGCUGUUUGAUAAAUGAUAAAUCAUUUUUGUGCAGAUGUUUUUAUUCUUUGCACAUACUUCAUGUGGUGUAGAGUUGUUUUUUAAUAAUAAGCGUUUGGUAGACAGGACAAUGGGGUCUUCUUUCUGGUGGCACCCAAACUGUGGCACUCGCCUCCCAUAAAGGUGUGUUAUCUGUGUCGACGCUUGGUGCCUUUGGUUGGUUUUAUUUAUCCUGGCCUUUGGAAAUGAAAUAGAAAUUUUUACUUGCCUUUCCUGUAUGGAAUUGUUGUUAGCUGUUCUAUGUUUUUGUUUGUUGAUUAUUUUGUACGUGCUUGUUUAGUUUAUGUAAACUGCUCUGGACCCUUAGGGUGCGGAAGCCCUGAGACGAAGAGCUGUCUGUGCAUCACUAUUUGGCCCUUCAGUGUCUGGAUCUGAGUGUGGGUUGCUGAGACACUGCUGGUAGAUGGCAUUUGGGAUUUGUUGGCCCCCCACCCUCAGUCUGCCCUCUGACUGACCCUCUAGUUGCUGCUCAGGUUUUCCUGCUUCAGAUGUGAAGACCAGCACAGGCCUGAGCUGUGCUGGAUUUGAUGUGGAACAAGGUCAUUCCAUGCUCUGGCACAGAAAGGAGAAUUUUACAGUGCUGCUUCUUCAACAUACCGGCUCAAUGCGCUUGCCAAAAAUAUCCCUGCAAUGGAACAAGUGCCAAAACCAUGGGGCCUGGGAGGCGUUAGGUCUCUCACUUGGGAAAACCAUAACACGGCCUUUAAUUUCUUUCCACAGAAGAAGAAAAAGGACAGAAGAGAAAACGAGAACCUGAUGAUGAAGGAGAAGAAGAUGAAGAUGAUUAAACUCAAAAUAAUCUGUUGUGGGGAGGGGGUGGGGAAUAAAUUUCCUACUGUGAUUUGACUGUUUCUACCCUGUAUUUCACCCCUCCCCCCCUCCCCGGAGUGUAACGUUGCUGUGGGAUCGAGCGGGACAUGCAUAAUUGGGUGGGCGAAGGAAUUAAAAUAUCAUUUUUUAAAAACAACAACAACAACCUGCCACUCUACUUUUUGUUCCUGAAUAAUUUCCUUUUGUGCCCAUUAUUAGUUCCUGUUAAUGCAAUAACAAAUAUAAAGCAAGUGGUAAAUUUGUUUCUUGGAGUGGAUCAUUCUGGACACAACUUGAGUUUUGUUUUGUUUUUGAAAAGACGAGCGAGUAAAUUUCCACAUGUGAUGCAAAGGUGAUCUGAAAAGUGAGAUCUUUGGGGUCCUGAGAAUGGCUUUUGCCACUCUCUGAGCAUUUUUUCUUCUACUUCUUCUGGGUGCAGCAAUUUUUGGCGGUGAAAGCAUUCCAGCCACAGCAGCGGGGGUGCAAGCAGCAUCUUGAUAAAAGUGUUUUUCUUUGUUGCCUGUUUGUGAAUGGCUGCCGUUCCCAGGAAAACACACACACACACACACACACACACACACACAAAAUUUCCUCCACUUCCUGUAGGUAUCUUUUUACUUUCGCUGUUUGUAAAUAGUGACCAAAUAUGUAAUCUCUUUCCCUGACUCCUGGCCCUUUACCACCAUUUAAUUUGGUUUGGGGUGGUGACUUUGCAAAUCUUCCGUUGUGGGUUUCCCCCAUACUUGUUGUUAUUAUUUUUUAGAGCACAAACCACCCCCUGAGGGGAAUCUUCCUUGAUUUGGAGAUGGCCGGGCAGACAUGGAUUCCCCUUGAGUUGUGCCCUUUCUUUAUUUCAGGUAUAUGGAAAAGUUCUCUGUCAACGGCAGUCAUUGAAAUAUAUAUAAAAAUAUAUAUAAAAAGUGUUCCUAAUUUCCUGAGUUAACUGGUGAAAUGAAUCUGACAGUUGUAAUAAAAAAGAAAAUGUUUGAACCCUUUUAACUAAGGUGUGUACUAUUUUGGUCUGUAAAAUAUUAUAUAUAUAGAUAUAUUAACACCUCCUUAAUGAUAAGUGAAUGAGAAUCUGUUCCCACUUGUGCUCUGUAAUACUCUUGAAGAUUUUUACAAACCUUUAAAUACUGGAAGGGGGGGGGGGGACAGACAAUGCCGCAUGUCUAGCCUAGGCUGGUUUCCUUUCGUACACUCAAGCACGGAAUGCUAAUUGCAAAAGUUGUAUUUUCUUACCAUGUUGCGAAGUCAUUUAAAUUGACUGUGCAACAUUCCUAGUUGAAUGUACAGUUUUAAUUUCAUAUCCCUCUUUAAAAAGAUAGUUAGAAGUGACUUGUAUUUCCUAGUCAAUAUCUCACCUGUGUAUAAAAGACAAAAGCAAAAAAAAAAAAAAAAGAAUAUUGCAACCUUCCCUCUUGCUCCCCAAAGAGCCAAACUUUUUCAGUUUUAUGUCUUGUUUGUCAUUGAUGAAUUUCAAUAAAUCUUUUUAUACAAUUUC